UUCAAUACAUCCAUAAUAGAAGCCGCAAUGGAGUCAUCAUUUUCGAGUUUCCGCGCCUACCUCCGAGCCGUCUCUUUCACUCCCUCUCGGCUUGCUCGCCGGGCCAUUUCCGUCUCCACCUCAUACGAAGAGAUGAGCCGUGUCCGCGCCCGCUCCGGUGCCAACAUGCGAAAGACUCUCCGCUGGUUUGACCUUGUGGGUUUAGGCCUCGGUGGAAUGGUAGGCGCCGGCGUCUUUGUCACCACCGGCAACGCCACCCGCCUCUAUGCUGGCCCUGCCGUCAUCCUCUCCUACGCCAUUGCCGGCCUCUGUGCCCUCCUCUCUGCCUUCUGCUACACCGAGUUUGCCGUCGACAUGCCCGUCGCCGGCGGCGCAUUCAGCUACCUCCGCGUCACCUUCGGCGAAUUCGCAGCUUUUCUGACUGGUGCGAACCUCAUUGUGGACUACGUGCUGUCAAAUGCCGCCGUGUCGAGAGGCUUCACGGCUUACUUAGGCUCCGCAAUCGGCAUCUCCUCCGCGAAAUGGAGGAUCACGGUGCCUUCCCUUCCACACGGCUUCAACCAGAUAGACAUCGUUGCGGUGGCCGUGGUUUUACUCAUCACGCUCUUUAUCUGCUACAGCACCAGAGAGAGUUCUGUGAUGAACAUGAUUCUGACGGCGUUGCACAUAAUAUUCAUUGUAUUCGUGAUAACGGUUGGAUUCUGGAAAGGGAAUAGGAAGAACUUGACAGAACCGGGUCAUCCGGAAAACCCAUCAGGGUUCUUUCCGCACGGUGCUGCGGGUGUGUUCAAAGGUGCAGCGGCAGUUUACUUGAGUUACAUCGGGUACGACGCCGUUUCGACGAUGGCCGAGGAAGUUAAGGAUCCUGUUAAGGAUAUUCCGGUUGGCGUGUCAGGAUCGGUGGUGAUCGUUACGGUUCUUUAUUGUCUGAUGGCAGCUUCAAUGUCUAUGCUUCUUCCUUAUGAUAUGAUGGAUGGGGAAGCGGCGUUUUCGGCGGCGUUCAGUGGGAAAUCAGACGGCUGGGGGUGGGUGUCGCGGGUGAUAGGAGUGGGGGCCAGCUUUGGGAUACUGACAUCAUUGUUGGUGGCGAUGUUGGGUCAAGCUCGUUACAUGUGCGUCAUAGGACGCUCGAAUGUGGUCCCUGCUUGGUUCGCUAGGGUCCACCCCAACACCUCUACUCCUGUCAACGCCUCCGCCUUUCUUGGGAUCUUCACAGCAGCAAUAGCCCUUUUCACUGACCUUGAUGUCCUUCUUAAUCUGGUGUCUAUUGGUACCCUCUUUGUCUUUUACAUGGUGGCAAAUGCCGUGAUCUAUAGACGCUAUGUGGCUGCAGGGACAACCAAUCCAUGGCCUACAUUGUCCUUCCUCUUCUCAUUUUCCUUUACCGCCAUCAUCUUCACCCUUAUUUGGAAAUAUGUACCCACAGGAAGGGCGAAGGCAGGGAUCCUCGGUGCUUGUGGUGUUAUUUCGAUUGUAAUAUUACAACUUUUCCAUUGCAUGGUUCCUCAAGUUCGAAAGCCUGAAUUUUGGGGUGUCCCAUUCAUGCCAUGGAUACCCUCCAUAUCGAUCUUUCUGAAUGUGUUUCUGUUGGGAUCACUAGAUGGGCCAUCCUAUGUCCGAUUUGGAUUCUUUUCGGCUGUUGCUGUGCUUUUCUAUGUCUUUUACAGUGUACAUGCUAGCUUUGACGCUGAAGGAGAUGGUUCUUUGACUCAAAAGAAUGGGGAAAUCCACGUGGAACCAAAAGACACUGAGGACCAAAAUUCCAAAGUGUAGAUACAUAAUCUUUCAUUUAUGUUUUUUUAAUUUUAUGUCAAAAUGACUUCAACCUUUUUGAGAACAACUUAACUAGGAUUUGGGGAGGGAGAAUUAUGUGGAAUGCAUAUUAAUGUAACAGGGUAUUACCU